AUAUUUUUUUAAAGGAAAAGUACAGAAGAAAACUUAUGAAAUCAUUGGAAAACACAUUUGUUCGUGGGCCAUCACCCUCAUAUUCAGACGAGGUCAACUCGGAGAAUGUUAUAUCAGCAACUCUACCCAUUGGUUCUUUGCAUCAAAUGGAAAGGGAGACGGUAAAAGCACGUAACAAUCAUGACUUUUACAAUUGUCAUAAUCAACAGCAACAGCAUCCAUUGCACCAUUACGAUGAUGCCACUAAGCCUAUUAAACAAGGACGCAAUACUUUUGCAUUUUGGACCAUUGUCAUCAUACUUUUAGUACUAACUGUGGGUAAUUUGCUUCUGACUUUAACGAUUAUAGGAGUUUUGCACUUGGGUAAAGGAAUUCAUGGCAUGGAAUUGAUACCCGAAGAAGAUGUGGUAAAAUUCUAUGGCGACACUGAUCUAGAUCGUAUAUUCUCUAAAAAUAUUGGGCAAUUUGAGGGUUUCGCCGAUGAACCAGUAACCAUAACGGGUGAGGAUGCGCCUGUAUACGUACGCAUGCAUCAUCGCAACAGUCAGAGUGUCAAUCGUAUGGUUAUGGACAAGAUGGGUGUUCAGUUUCGUGGAAUUAAUAGUUUCGAGGUUAAAGAUCCCAUCAAUGGCGAUUCCAUAUUUACCACACAUCGUCCGCAUUACAAUAUACCACAUGGUGCCGAAACAUUAAUAUCUAAAACUAAUAGCGCCAGUCGCAUUGUUAGUCCUAUUGAUAAGCCACUAUCUCUAUCAUCUUCGGAUAAUCGCAUAUUUAUAAAAGGCUCCGAGGGCAUUCAUAUGGAUUCAUCAAAUGUCUAUAUGCAAUCUGAAAAUAAUAUUCAAAUCAAUUCGACUCAAGGCGGUAUUUAUCUGGAGGGAGGUUCAGCCGGAAUUUAUCUGGACAUAAGUAAAAUACCUAUAGUUAAUUCAGAAUUGGGUCUACGCACAGGAAGUGUACAAUACAAAUUGUGCGUUUGUAUGCCACAAGGUAUUGUAUUUCGGAUUGCCAUACCACGUGUUCAUAAUGGUUCUAAGGUGUCUUGUGCUCAUUUCACUGGAAAACAUGAUCCAUGUACUGUCAACUGAAUUUUCAUAAUAUAUUACAACAAACAAAAAAUUAUAAUAUAAACAUAUUACAGUUAAUUUUCAUUUUAUGUACUUAAAUACAGAUAUAUUGAAAAAAAAAUAUACAUAUAACAAAAUGAUAUUUCCUAAUAGACGAGUUUUAAAAUUUCUUUUAUAUAUACGGACACAAGCAGGAUUCGAACAGCAAUUUAUCUAUCUAUCUAUCUAUCUAUCUAUCUAUCUAUCUAUCUAUCUAUCUAUCUAUCUAUCUAUCUAUCUAUCUAUCUAUCUAUCUAUCUAUCUAUCUAUCUAUCAAUCUAUCUAUCUAUCUAUCUAUCUAUCUAUCUAUCUAUCUAUCUAUCUAUCUAUCUAUCUAUCUAUCUAUCUAUCUAUCUAUCUAUCUAUUUGAAUGCAACACUUCGGCUGCAACUUGUUCAGCACACGAUAAAUGUUCUUUUAAAUUUUAAUUUUCCAUGUUCCCAAAUAAAAUGACUUGGCUUAAAACUUCAAGAGUAAUGGCAGCUUUUUGAUAUUGAUACAUUUCCCAGCAGUUCGAUGGGACAGUCCCGAACUGACCACUUAACCUACCACUUGUGGUGGCCGCUAGCCACCUGACUACCUAGGUGACCAACCAUUUUAACAUGGGCUUGUCAUACGAGGAAGUUAA